AAGUUGUUUUGGCUAUACAGAGCCAAGUCGAUUCUGUUGUACAAGGCGUAAUAUGUCAGUAAUUAAUCCUUCCACGCGAUUACGUCGAACUUUAUCAAGGCCGUGUUGUCCCGUACCUGGCACCGCGCGGCACUGAGUUCAGAGUUAGAACUACAGCGGAGUGGUGUGCAUCAGUGUCCAGUGGGUGGAUCUCGAUAUCAUAACAUUUUAUCGCGUGUUGAAUAGAGACUGAUUACGCGGUACUACUGUCAAACAAUUGCUACAGUUUGCGCUGAACGCAGUUUGUUGCGAUCUUUGCCCUCCUCUUGCCGCGUUCGUGUUGUAAGCUACGAUUCACAUACGGUUUUUAACUCAUUGAUUCGAUAGUGAAUAAAGUGAUGUUAUUGACAUUUAAGUGAUAAAAGUUAGAUUAAAACAUGAAAGGCCCAACAAGACCAGCUCCGAGUGUGCCAGGCAUGGGCGUAAACAGAUACUCUCCUGUCACAAAUUGGGACAAUGAUCCCUUUGGUGCAGAUGUUUUCGAGCCAUCUCCACAUUUCACACAGAAAAAGAAACCUCCACCACGUCCGCCACCACCAAAGGUUAACAAGCAACCAGAUGUCCCAGUGAAACCCUCACACUUCAUAAGGAGACCGACAGUACUCUCCUCCCUCCUAUCUCGUAAUAAAUCUAAAACUACAGUGAACCAGAACAUUAAUAUUGUUCAGCAUAGUGCAAUGAAUGAGAUGGUAAGCUCUGAGACACUGAGUGAUGCUCACAAAAUGUUCCCAAAGUGUGAACCAAAGAAUGUGCAGAUGGGUGCCUUGAUAGACCUGUCGUCUCCUCCAAGUUCGCCCACAUUUACUACGAGGUCCAGCAGUGAUGGCCUCAGUGUCGACAGCUUUGGCUCCGACGCCACUACCUCAACAAACCAUCACAAUGCUCACAAUGGUGGCAACGCUUCACAAGCUGAGAGUGGCUUCGAGGAUGAUUUCGAUCUGUUCCUGCAUUCACGAAAACCUAAUAAAGAGGAUACAAUGGACGACUUUACUAAUAUCGAUCCAUUUUCGCCUCAGCCAGUUAGUAAUAAACCAGCUAUAAUGAAGAAACCUAUUUUAAGUAAGGAUUUAUUUGAGGCGUCGAGUAACUUUACGAGUCAUCUGACAGCUCCUAAGGGCCCGACGAUAAUUCGCGCGAAACCGGCGAGGCCGAAGCCACCGGACAACUCAGCUUUACUGAAGACCACGUUCGGAAACAGUUUCCCUGUGACAACCAUGACCGUGAACACCACCACGCCUAUUCAGAAAAUCGCGAACGGCUUUGGUGAUAGUUUCGAAUCAAAGCCAUUCGGUUGGGAUGAAAUAGAAAGUUCUCCGGAGCGGGAGUCCUCACCCCCUAUGCCGACGAUCCCGCCGCCGCCGCCCCCGGCCAUCGCUGAUGAGGAGGUCACCGGCGACUGGACCAGUGACUUCACGGACCAGUUCAGCAGUCAAGAGGAAGAGGAGCCUCACGCGAUAGCCCUCUUUGAUUACUUCACUGAUCAUCCUGAUGAUCUAUGCUUUUCGGCCAACUCGAGAAUAAAAUUGAUAAGGCGAGUGGACCACGAAUGGCUGUUUGGCAGCUUGAGGAGCGGCGCGGAGGGGUUGUUCCCUUCCAACUACGUGGAGAUUAAGGUGCCGCUGGCGAACGAGAGCGCGCCGCCGCAGCCGCUGCUCGGCGUGGCCACGGCUCUGUACGACUUCGAGCCGGUGCAGGCCGGCGACCUGCGUUUCCUCACCGCCGACACUAUACAAGUGCGAUACAAAAUAAACGAAGAGUGGUACUUCGGCGAGUGCAACGGCCUCAAAGGACAAUUCCCCAUUAACUAUGUGCAGAUGAGUUAAACAAGGAGUUCCACUUCCCACUAGUUCUUUCCUGUCUCGCACUCUCCCAGGCGGCUAGAUAAAUUGCGAGUUGGUACUGUGUGAUACUGAUUCACGAGACUGAGGUCUACCAUAUCGCGAUCACUAUUUUGUAAAAUGUUAUUUACCACUUCCUUCGUGUAUGGUAGACAGAUGAUAGUCUUUUCGAUGGAGAUUUGUUUCCCUUGGUGCAAUACAAGUUUCUGUAAAGGAAAACAAUAUCCGUCCUAACGAUUUCGGAUGAAAUUAUAUAAACGUCCGAUACAUCAGAAAUUAAUGUGUUAGCCAUGGAUUUGUACAAUUUAUAAUGUUUUAUUUGCGUAUUCGCACUAAUGUUGCCAUAAUAACGUAAGUGCCCGCUAAUAGCUGUAUUACCAUUUCGGGCUUAUGAAAUUAAUAUAUUGAGUAGAUAGCGUUCCAACGACUGAAUGUAAAUAAUAAGAGCUUGUGUAAAAUAACGUCCCUAAAUUAGAUACUGUAGAUAUUAUUUGUAACGGUUGUGUAGUCUCUUUUCGAUCUGAUUCUUUUAAUUAAAUAUUAUUAUGAUAAUUAUUGUAAUUCGAGACAUUUACGAUGGUAUCCAUAUACUUAGUGACACAAAGUGUGGCUUACUACAUGUUUUGUAUAUUUUACUAACGCUAGUCGGGUUUAUGUUCAGCAAUAUGUUGUGUCUGUAAAAUACAACGGUAAAUCCUGUUCUUUUUUGUUAGCAACAUUAAAAUUUACAAACAGAGUAUUAAACGUACCUAGUAUGUGAUACUGAUGGCGCAUGACAGCGUAAAUUACAGUAUAAUUGUUUAGACGAUUGUUUUAGGUGACAGUUUUGUACAUUUAUUAAUUAUUGUUCUGUUUGUGUCAUAACUUUAAGUGUAUUAUUUGGAGGGACCAUAAUGUUAAGUGCCUUGAGUAUUUACUUAUGUGUAUAUGAUGAGAUAAUUUAUAACAAAAUAAAUCUAAUUCCAAUGUA